UCAAGACAACUUAGAACUCGGCAAGAAAAACGAGGUCAAAUCAUGACGCCUCAAGAUCACUGACGUGAAAGUCGUUGCUAUAGAAAGAUGCCCGCGUUUCCGACUUGGAAUUCCGAGUUGGAUGACCAUUGAAACGAUUUUUCCCAGUCGGAGCUCGUUUUUUUUCUGUGUUGCCAGUUGUCAUGAACGCACUGAAGCCAGAAGUCGGAGAUUUCAGAGUUCCCAGUUGUUAUUACCGCGCCAUAUGGCUUGUUUGAAAACCACCAGAAAUGUGACUAUCCUUAUGGAUCAUAUUAGCCUACAAUUAAUGUUAUUGGUUGAAACUAUUCAUGGGAAUAUAAAUGUAUCUGUCACAAUUAUAUAGCAUACACACAGCAGGAGAGGCGCUCAUUCAGUCCUUCCUCCGUGAGCCCCCUGCCAAACUCCACUUCCUCCCCCGUCCAUGCUCCCACGGCCAGGCCAACCAGCCGAAUGGAGGACGAGCCUGCCAGGCUGCCCGUGCACCUGCGCCUGCAGCCGGUGUUCUGGAGCAGGGAGGACGUGGGCCAGUGGUUGCGCUGGGCCGAGAGGGAGUUUGCCCUGCGGCCCAACACCAGCGGCAGCUUCCAGAUGAACGGCAAGGCCCUGCUCCUCCUCACCAAGGAGGACUUCCGCUUCCGGUCGUCCCACUCCGGGGACGUCCUGUACGAGCUGCUGCAGCACAUCCUGAAGCAAAGGAAGCCGCACGUCUCCUACCCCUCCGCCUACUUCCCCAGCAACUCCUUCCACCCUCUGCCAGAGGGAGCUCUCCAGCACCACAAACUGGAAGAAACGGUACGGCGGACACCACGCAGUACAGAGCUCCAGCACCCACCCACCAUUGAGCUCCGACACCGCUCCCGCUCACCACACCACCCCGCUCCACGCCUCUCCCCCCUGGACCCCAACUACCCACGCCCUGGUGCCGAGGACCACCUCCAGACGUCGUCCCAGCUGCCCGACAGCAACCACCACCUGCCCGAGGACUUGUACACUCUGUCAGUGUCCCCAGUCGCCCCUAACGGCCGCUGCGCCACACCCCGCGAGGCCCCCUGCCCAGGCAGCCCCGGGUGCCAGGACGCUGCCCCCCCUCGUGUUAUCCAGCUCAUGCCCAGUGCCAUCAUGCACCCCCUGCUGCUCAGCCCAGGGCGAGGAGGUGGCGCUGGAGAAUUCAGGCAUGGCCGUGGGGGGCCACCACUUCAGGCCCCCCAUGAAAACGGGCGUGAGGGGAAGGGCCACAUCCAGCUGGCACUGGCCCACCACCAGCAGCACACUCUGCAUCAGCAGGAGGAGGCGCUCUACAGGAACCACCACGUCAUCGUGCCCGUCUCGCCACCAGAGGAGCAGGCAAUGCCCAUUGGACGGAUAGCAGACUGCAGGCUGCUGUGGGACUACGUCUACCAGCUCCUCUCAGACAGCCGGUACGAGAACUACAUCCGCUGGGAGGACACAGAGACCAAAGUCUUCCGCAUCAUGGACCCCAACGGCCUGGCUCGCCUGUGGGGGAACCACAAGAACAGGACCAAUAUGACGUACGAGAAGAUGUCACGAGCACUGAGACACUACUACAAACUGAACAUUAUCAGGAAAGAGCCAGGACAGAGACUCUUAUUCAGGUUCAUGAAAACCCCAGAUGAGAUUAUGAGUGGACAGACUGACAGGCUGGAGCACAUAGAGUCGGACACAGAUGAUCAAAUCUACAUCAAAGAGGAGUGCUGAGGCCUCUGGGAAAUGGAGUCCACUAAAGUGAUGAACUACUACAGCCGCUGAUGCCUUUCGGAAAGCAGCUCGAACAAUCGUUUCAAACCGAGAGCGCCCGGACAUUCACUCUAUCCAAAACUCAGAUGAACUUGACGGUGACGUCUCUCUGCCUUUUUAAAACUAUAUAAGGUUUUCUUUCCAGACAAAUCUUAUCAGUUUUCUGUCUUAAUUCAAGGAGUUCAAAGGACCUGGUGAAAAGUAUAUCUCAUAAGACAUUCCUUUUCCCUGAACUGCCACAGCAAAUCAAUCAUUUCAUGCUUGUCAUGUCAUAUUGUUGAUUUUUCUUCCCCACGUGUGCAUUAAGUAUAAGAAAAUGUUGCAAUUUGUGCAAAUAAUGGGAGGUGGUGUGUAGCUGGAACAUUUUCACCACAGAAUAAAUAUUUUUGAAUAAUU